GGCAUCCGGGCGGGGGGCUCGUCCGGACAUUGGUCAGCUUUUCAGCAAACUCAGGGGCGAAGACCAGCAUAUUUACGUAUUGCGGACGCGAUCGGACUAUACCUAGUGGGACCGGACACCUAAAUAGGACCGGAACCGAGUCCUACUGGAUCAAAAUACGGGUCCCACUCCUACAAGUCAGGUAUAUACUCAGGGAUAAUACGUCAACGAGCGGGUGGUGGGAGAAAAUGAGGACGGUGGACAUUCAGUAGACGUACAGUGAGGGCGAAACGUCGACCUGCAUAAAGAGCGAGUGAGCGAG